AUGUGGUGGGACGGCGUCGCCACCGUCGGCCUGGCCGUCAUGCUGUGCCUGGGCGCCAAGCUCGUCUUUGUCGUCGCGGGCGCCGGCUCCAAGGAUGCACCCAUCGAGGGCACGUUUGCCAUCGGCGUGGCCAUUAUUUCCUGUAUGGCCUUUGAAGUGCUUAUGCACAUGGUGUUUUGCGCGCACGCCGUGUGGGAGAAGAACUGGCUCUGGGCAAACAGCUUCUUCACCGCCGACGGGCAGUGGACGAAAGAUGGUGUGGAGUUUGAGAAGGCCUUAAAGGCCGUAGCAAUUUCAGCUAGUUUACUAUGCAGUUCCUUAUUCCUUUCUCUAAUCCCCGGUCCAGUUCCCUUGCACGCCCGCCAGACAGCACAGGUGGCUGCCGUCUGGCGAGGAUCUGACGUCAAUAUCAAACGAGGGCGAGGUGGACCCCGCGCCUCGCUCCUGCCUCCCCUCAAACCGUCUGAUAUAAACGCCCUUACGACUUGCCGCAGUCAUCGAACCCGGACACUUAAAGAUCGUGCGCUUUGGUGUAAUGGUUAACCGUAGCCGUUGAGC